AAUUCUACCAAGAACAAACCUAAUAAUAGUACAUAUUGAUCACGUGAUAUAUUUAUAUUUUCUGACAGUGACAAUUGUGUCACAAUUUUAUAUUAUUUUACGUUUGUAAUAUUGCGAUGUGUUAAGUAUUUUAAUUGUUAAAGAUAUUAUAGGUUUCUAAUAAUUGUUUAAUAAAGAAAUAAAAUGAAGUGGUAUAACGGUGACAUAUCUGAAGCAGUCAGCUAUUCAAAAUCCAAAGGAGCAAUUUUUGUCGUUUAUAUUGAAGGUUCCGAUGAAAAUUCUGAAAAAAUUACUAAUUUAAUUGAUAAUGGGGAAUUUGGACAAAAACUGGAACAAGAUCAUUUUGUAUGUAUUAAAGUAAAAGCUGGCUCAACUUCUCAUCAACAAUUCGGUGAAAUUUAUAAAGAACCAAGUGUUCCUUCUGUAUAUUUCAUUGGAAAAAGUGGUGUUCCGUUGGAUAUUAUAACUGGAAGUACUAAUUUGGACGAUAUUUCUUCUAGGAUCAAUGACAUCCUGUCCAGAGCAAAUAUUACCCAACUAUCUUCACAGUCAACUUCAGCAUCAGAUGAUUUUAUUAAUCAAGAAAAGUCUAACAGCAGUUCUUCAAUGAAAUGUGAAAAUGGUGUCUGUAGAAUAGUCAGUGAUAAAGAUGGAUUAGGUCAAGAAAAAUUAGUAGAAAAGGCUUUAAACCAAGAAAAUUCAAUAGAAAAGGCUUCAAACCAAGAAAAAGCAAUAGAAAACCCUUCACACCAAGAAAAACCAGUUGAAGUUGAAGAGAAAAAUUCUGAUGAAGCUGAAUUUGAAAAUAAGAAACCUGAUGAAGUAAAAGAAUUUUCACACGUUGUUAAAGACUCUUCAAAUGAAGCUGAUACAAGUUGUCCAAGUGAAAUCAACAUUUCUUCAACAGAAGACAUGGAAGAAAAGAAAGAAGUUAAUUCUAGUACUACUAAUGAAGAAUUAUCAGUUCAAGAAAAAAUGGAUAGAGCAAAGGAAUUGAUUGAAUCUAAACGACAACAAAAAGAAAAGGAAGAACAAGAGAAUGAGCGUUUAAAGGAGUUGGAACGACGUAAAAUGGGACAAAACGUUCAACAAUUGAAAAAAUGGCAAGAGGAUCAAGAAUUGAAACAACUAAUUGAAGAUAGAGAUAAAGAAAAACGUGAAAAUCAGUUAGCUAGGGAACGUGUUUUAGCUCAAAUAGCACAAGACCGUGCUGAAAGAUUGUCCAAAUCUCAGCCAACUCCUAAAGUAACAGAACCCUCUAAAGCAACCCCUUCUCCCCCUAAACCCGCCGGGACUGUUACCAGAUUACAGUUCAAACUACCCGAAGGCUCUUCUGUAACAAAAGAAUUUCAAAUUUCUGAUAAAUUGGAAUAUGUCGUUUCGUUCGUUAAAUCCGAUUUACGCAUUAACAAUUUCACAUUAGCCACUACAUUUCCAAGAAAAGAAUUCACUAAAACCGACUACCCAUCGAGUUUAUUAGACUUACAGUUAGUUCCUAAUGCGGUUAUUUUGAUAUUACCUAUAAAUGGUAGCGGUAUUGUUGCUACUCAUUCCGGAGAAGGGUUUAUCUCUUCUUUAUUCUGGAGUUUUUUAACGCCGAUUUUCAAUUUGUUCGGUUAUAUCAAAAGUUUCAUUUUUGGAUCCAAUUCAACUCAAAAUGAAAGAAAUAUUACCCCUCCAAACGAGCCAGCUGAGACAACAGGUAAAUUUACGAAUAAACGUAAAGGUGGUGGAGAUUCUACUGUAGUUAGACGUCACGGUAACAUUCACAGACUUGCAGAUCGACAAGAUAGCGAUGACGAAAAUAGUACUUACAAUGGAAAUUCCACGCAACAGAUGUGAAGCACUUAUUUAGAAUAACCGAGUCUAUAUGUUUUAAUGGUUUUAUUAUUUCAAUCAUAGUUACUUAUUAUAAUAUUUUUAAUUGAAAUUUCUUUUAAUUUAUUACAGAUCCCUUAUAUAAUC